AUGACUCUUCCCCGUGUCUCUCCCCAGGGCUCCUCAGACAACAUAAAGAAAGUGAUGAGAAGGGAGAAGAACCGUAUCGCUGCCCAGAAGAGUAGAAUGAGACAGACUCAGAAGGCAGACAGUCUACACCUGGUGAGGAGGACUACCCACAAUGCAACACACCGAUGCGUGCACCAUGUCUGGCUAUGAGUUAGGAUGACUACCCACAAUGCAACACACCGAUGCGUGCACCAUGUCUGGCUAUGAGUUAGGAUGACUACCCACAAUGCAACACACCGAUGCGUGCACCAUGUCUGGCUAUGAGUUAGGAUGACUACCCACAAUGCAACACACCGAUGCGUGCACCAUGUCUGGCUAUGAGUUAGGAUGACUACCCACAAUGCAACACACCGAUGCGUGCACCAUGUCUGGCUAUGAGUUAGGAUGACUACCCACAAUACAAUACACCGAUGCGUGCACCAUGUCUGGCUAUGAGUUAGGAUGACUACCCACAAUGCAACACACCGAUGCGUGCACCAUGUCUGGCUAUGAGUUAGGAUGACUACCCACAAUGCAACACACCGAUGCGUGCACCAUGUCUGGCUAUGAGUUAGGAUGACUACCCACAAUGCAACACACCGAUGCGUGCACCAUGUCUGGCUAUGAGUUAGGAUGACUACCCACAAUGCAAUACACCGAUGCGUGCACCAUGUCUGGCUAUGAGUUAGGAUGACUACCCACAAUGCAACACACCGAUGCGUGCACCAUGUCUGGCUAUGAGUUAGGAUGACUACCCACAAUGCAACACACCGAUGCGUGCACCAUGUCUGGCUAUGAGUUAGGAUGACUACCCACAAUACAAUACACCGAUGCGUGCACCAUGUCUGGCUAUGAGUUAGGAUGACUACCCACAAUGCAACACACCGAUGCGUGCACCAUGUCUGGCUAUGAGUUAGGAUGACUACCCACAAUGCAACACACCGAUGCGUGCACCAUGUCUGGCUAUGAGUUAGGAUGACUACCCACAAUGCAACACACCGAUGCGUGCACCAUGUCUGGCUAUGAGUUAGGAUGACUACCCACAAUGCAACACACCGAUGCGUGCACCAUGUCUGGCUAUGAGUUAGGAUGACUACCCACAAUGCAACACACCGAUGCGUGCACCAUGUCUGGCUAUGAGUUAGGAUGACUACCCACAAUGCAACACACCGAUGCGUGCACCAUGUCUGGCUAUGAGUUAGGAUGACUACCCACAAUGCAACACACCGAUGCGUGCACCAUGUCUGGCUAUGAGUUAGGAUGACUACCCACUACGCCCUGUGUAUGGCACCAUAUCUCAGCACGACUGGGCUUGGCAUGAGCAAUUUAGCAGUGAAUCAGUUGUCGCCUGAAUAAAACCAAUAAACAUUUCACCCAUCCAGGAAUCUUAUAGUGUUCCAAAAAAAAUACUUUGGCAGGUCACCGCAAAAGCCGAUUUAUAACCUGUGAAAGCCUAGCCUGGUCCCAGAUCUGUUUGUGCUCUUGCCGACUCCAUUGCUCAUUGUCAAGCAAAACAAGGAGUGGGCAUGAUAGCACAAACAGAUCUGGUACUCAGGCUAGUACAAGUCAGUAACCGACUGGUUAUGUAGUAAUCAGACAUUUUCAAGUCCUUCAAAUCACAGGGAACAUUUCCCCUGGUGAACUACCACGAUAAGGCUGUGUUGGUGGGAAUCUGUGUUGGUCUGUGUGAGAUGAUAUUGACACAGUGCUGCUGAUGGACCAUGUGGCGAUGUGUCAUCGUGGCUUCUGUUGGGCUCAACAUUUAGGCUGAGUCCCAAAUGGCUCCCCUACUCCCUGUAUAGUGCACUACUUAUGAUUCUGAUACCUGUGAGCUCUGGUCAAAAGUAAUGCACUAAAAUAAGGGAUAGGGUGCCAUUUGGCACGCAGCCGUGGCCAGAUCUCUACCUAUGUGUUUGCUGUAGUGAUGAGUAUUCGUUAUCACGUGUGGGCGUCAGAAACCCAGAGACCAGCACUAAUGAUAAAUUGCACUGAAUCUUAUCAUCAGAAAUGUGUUUUUCCUCCUGUUUUUACCUAGAAUUCUCAACUGUGACACUAGUUCUCUGUAGUGGUAGGCUGGGCUGGUAGCAAUACGACUCUACUCCACUAGUUCUCUGUAGUGGUAGGCUGGUAGCAAUACGACUCUACUCCACUAGUUCUCUGUAGUGGUAGGCUGGUAGCAAUACGUCUCUACUCCACUAGUUCUCUGUAGUGGUAGGCUGGUAGCAAUACGAUUCUACUCCACUAGUUCUCUGUAGUGGUAGGCUGGGCUGGUAGCAAUACGACUCUACUCCACUAGUUCUCUGUAGUGGUAGGCUGGGCUGGUAGCAAUACGACUCUACUCCACCAGUUCUCUGUAGUGGUAGGCUGGGCUGGUAGCAAUACGACUCUACUCCACUAGUUCUCUGUAGUGGUAGGCUGGGCUGGUAGCAAUACGUCUCUACUCCACUAGUUCUCUGUAGUGGUAGGCUGGUAGCAAUACGUCUCUACUCCACUAGUUCUCUGUAGUGGUAGGCUGGUAGCAAUACGUCUCUACUCCACUAGUUCUCUGUAGUGGUAGGCUGGGCUGGUAGCAAUACGACUCUACUCCACUAGUUCUCUGUAGUGGUAGGCUGGGCUGGUAGCAAUACGUCUCUACUCCACUAGUUCUCUGUAGUGGUAGGCUGGGCUGGUAGCAAUACGUCUCUACUCCACUAGUUCUCUGUAGUGGUAGGCUGGUAGCAAUACGUCUCUACUCCACUAGUUCUCUGUAGUGGUAGGCUGGGCUGGUAGCAAUACGUCUCUACUCCACUAGUUCUCUGUAGUGGUAGGCUGGUAGCAGUACGUCUCUACUCCACUAGUUCUCUGUAGUGGUAGGCUGGGCUGGUAGUAAUACGACUCUACUCCACUAGUUCUCUGUAGUGGUAGGCUGGGCUGGUAGCAAUACGACUCUACUCCACUAGUUCUCUGUAGUGGUAGGCUGGGCUGGUAGCAAUACGACUCUACUCCACUAGUUCUCUGUAGUGGUAGGCUGGUAGCAAUACGUCUCUACUCCACUAGUUCUCUGUAGUGGUAGGCUGGUAGCAGUACGUCUCUACUCCACUAGUUCUCUGUAGUGGUAGGCUGGGCUGGUAGCAAUACGUCUCUACUCCACUAGUUCUCUGUAGUGGUAGGCUGGUAGCAAUACGUCUCUACUCCACUAGUUCUCUGUAGUGGUAGGCUGGGCUGGUAGCAAUACGUCUCUACUCCACUAGUUCUCUGUAGUGGUAGGCUGGUAGCAAUACGUCUCUACUCCACUAGUUCUCUGUAGUGGUAGGCUGGUAGCAAUACGUCUCUACUCCACUAGUUCUCUGUAGUGGUAGGCUGGGCUGGUAGCAAUACGUCUCUACUCCACUAGUUCUCUGUAGUGGUAGGCUGGGCUGGUAGCAAUACGACUCUACUCCACUAGUUCUCUGUAGUGGUAGGCUGGUAGCAAUACGACUCUACUCCACUAGUUCUCUGUAGUGGUAGGCUGGUAGCAAUACGUCUCUACUCCACUAGUUCUCUGUAGUGGUAGGCUGGGCUGGUAGCAAUACGACUCUACUCCACUAGUUCUCUGUAGUGGUAGGCUGGGCUGGUGGCAAUACGUCUCUACUCCACUAGUUCUCUGUAGUGGUAGGCUGGUAGCAAUACGUCUCUACUCCACUAGUUCUCUGUAGUGGUAGGCUGGGCUGGUAGCAAUACGACUCUACUCCACUAGUUCUCUGUAGUGGUAGGCUGGGCUGGUAGCAAUACGUCUCUACUCCACUAGUUCUCUGUAGUGGUAGGCUGGUAGCAAUACGUCUCUACUCCACUAGUUCUCUGUAGUGGUAGGCUGGUAGCAAUACGUCUCUACUCCACUAGUUCUCUGUAGUGGUAGGCUGGGCUGGUAGCAAUACGUCUCUACUCCACUAGUUCUCUGUAGUGGUAGGCUGGGCUGGUAGCAAUACGACUCUACUCCACUAGUUCUCUGUAGUGGUAGGCUGGUAGCAAUACGACUCUACUCCACUAGUUCUCUGUAGUGGUAGGCUGGUAGCAAUACGUCUCUACUCCACUAGUUCUCUGUAGUGGUAGGCUGGGCUGGUAGCAAUACGACUCUACUCCACUAGUUCUCUGUAGUGGUAGGCUGGGCUGGUGGCAAUACGUCUCUACUCCACUAGUUCUCUGUAGUGGUAGGCUGGUAGCAAUACGUCUCUACUCCACUAGUUCUCUGUAGUGGUAGGCUGGGCUGGUAGCAAUACGACUCUACUCCACUAGUUCUCUGUAGUGGUAGGCUGGGCUGGUAGCAAUACGUCUCUACUCCACUAGUUCUCUGUAGUGGUAGGCUGGUAGCAAUACGACUCUACUCCACUAGUUCUCUGUAGUGGUAGGCUGGUAGCAAUACGACUCUACUCCACUAGUUCUCUGUAGUGGUAGGCUGGGCUGGUAGCAAUACGACUCUACUCCACUAGUUCUCUGUAGUGGUAGGCUGGUAGCAAUACGACUCUACUCCACUAGUUCUCUGUAGUGGUAGGCUGGUAGCAAUACGACUCUACUCCACUAGUUCUCUGUAGUGGUAGGCUGGUAGCAAUACGACUCUACUCCACUAGUUCUCUGUAGUGGUAGGCUAGUAGCAAUACGACUCUACUCCACUAGUUCUCUGUAGUGGUAGGCUGGAAGCAAUACGACUCUACUCCACUAGUUCUCUGUAGUGGUAGGCUGGUAGCAAUACGACUCUACUCCACUAGUUCUCUGUAGUGGUAGGCUGGGCUGGUAGCAAUACGUCUCUACUCCACUAGUUCUCUGUAGUGGUAGGCUGGUAGCAAUACGACUCUACUCCACUAGUUCUCUGUAGUGGUAGGCUGGUGGCAAUACAACUCUACUCCACUAGUUCUCUGUAGUGGUAGGCUGGUAGCAAUACGACUCUACUCCACUAGUUCUCUGUAGUGGUAAGCCGGGCUGGUAGCAAUACGACUCUACUCCACUAGUUCUCUGUAGUGGUAGGCUGGGCUGGUAGCAAUACGUCUCUACUCCACUAGUUCUCUGUAGUGGUAGGCUGGGCUGGUAGCAAUACGUCUCUACUCCACUAGUUCUCUGUAGUGGUAGGCUGGGCUGGUAGCAAUACGUCUCUACUCCACUAGUUCUCUGUAGUGGUAGGCUGGGCUGGUAGCAAUACGUCUCUACUCCACUAGUUCUCUGUAGUGGUAGGCUGGUAGCAAUACGACUCUACUCCACUAGUUCUCUGUAGUGGUAGGCUGGGCUGGUAGCAAUACGUCUCUACUCCACUAGUUCUCUGUAGUGGUAGGCUGGUGGCAAUACGACUUUACUCCACUAGUUCUCUGUAGUGGUAGGCUGGGCUGGUAGCAAUACGACUCUACUCCACUAGUUCUCUGUAGUGGUAGGCUGGUAGCAAUACGUCUCUACUCCACUAGUUCUCUGUAGUGGUAGGCUGGUAGCAGUACGUCUCUACUCCACUAGUUCUCUGUAGUGGUAGGCUGGGCUGGUAGCAAUACGACUCUACUCCACUAGUUCUCUGUAGUGGUAGGCUGGUAGCAAUACGACUCUACUCCACUAGUUCUCUGUAGUGGUAGGCUGGGCUGGUAGCAAUAUGUCUCUACUCCACUAGUUCUCUGUAGUGGUAGGCUGGGCUGGUAGCAAUACGUCUCUACUCCACUAGUUCUCUGUAGUGGUAGGCUGGUAGCAAUACGACUCUACUCCACUAGUUCUCUGUAGUGGUAGGCUGGGCUGGUAGCAAUACGUCUCUACUCCACUAGUUCUCUGUAGUGGUAGGCUGGUAGCAAUACGUCUCUACUCCACUAGUUCUCUGUAGUGGUAGGCUGGUAGCAAUACGUCUCUACUCCACUAGUUCUCUGUAGUGGUAGGCUGGUAGCAAUACGACUCUACUCCACUAGUUCUCUGUAGUGGUAGGCUGGGCUGGUAGCAAUACGUCUCUACUCCACUAGUUCUCUGUAGUGGUAGGCUGGUAGCAAUACGUCUCUACUCCACUAGUUCUCUGUAGUGGUAGGCUGGUAGCAAUACGUCUCUACUCCACUAGUUCUCUGUAGUGGUAGGCUGGUAGCAAUACGACUCUACUCCACUAGUUCUCUGUAGUGGUAGGCUGGGCUGGUAGCAAUACGUCUCUACUCCACUAGUUCUCUGUAGUGGUAGGCUGGUAGCAAUACGUCUCUACUCCACUAGUUCUCUGUAGUGGUAGGCUGGGCUGGUAGCAAUACGACUCUACUCCACUAGUUCUCUGUAGUGGUGGGCUGGUGGCAAUACGUCUCUACUCCACUAGUUCUCUGUAGUGGUAGGCUGGUAGCAAUACGUCUCUACUCUACUAGUUCUCUGUAGUGGUAGGCUGGGCUGGUAGCAAUACGUCUCUACUCCACUAGUUCUCUGUAGUGGUAGGCUGGUAGCAAUACGUCUCUACUCCACUAGUUCUCUGUAGUGGUAGGCUGGGCUGGUAGCAAUACGACUCUACUCCACUAGUUCUCUGUAGUGGUAGGCUGGGCUGGUAGCAAUAUGUCUCUACUCCACUAGUUCUCUGUAGUGGUAGGCUGGGCUGGUAGCAAUACGUCUCUACUCCACUAGUUCUCUGUAGUGGUAGGCUGGUAGCAAUACGUCUCUACUCCACUAGUUCUCUGUAGUGGUAGGCUGGGCUGGUAGCAAUACGACUCUACUCCACUAGUUCUCUGUAGUGGUAGGCUGGGCUGGUAGCAAUACGACUCUACUCCACUAGUUCUCUGUAGUGGUAGGCUGGGCUGGUAGCAAUACGACUCUACUCCACUAGUUCUCUGUAGUGGUAGGCUGGUAGCAAUACGUCUCUACUCCACUAGUUCUCUGUAGUGGUAGGCUGGUAGCAAUACGACUCUACUCCACUAGUUCUCUGUAGUGGUAGGCUGGGCUGGUAGCAAUACGACUCUACUCCACUAGUUCUCUGUAGUGGUAGGCUGGGCUGGUAGCAAUACGACUCUACUCCACUAGUUCUCUGUAGUGGUAGGCUGGGCUGGUAGCAAUACGACUCUACUCCACUAGUUCUCUGUAGUGGUAGGCUGGUAGCAAUACGUCUCUACUCCACUAGUUCUCUGUAGUGGUAGGCUGGUAGCAAUACGUCUCUACUCCACUAGUUCUCUGUAGUGGUAGGCUGGUAGCAAUACGUCUCUACUCCACUAGUUCUCUGUAGUGGUAGGCUGGGCUGGUAGCAAUACGUCUCUACUCCACUAGUUCUCUGUAGUGGUAGGCUGGUAGCAAUACGUCUCUACUCCACUAGUUCUCUGUAGUGGUAGGCUGGGCUGGUAGCAAUACAUCUCUACUCCACUAGUUCUCUGUAGUGGUAGGCUGGGCUGGUAGCAAUACGUCUCUACUCCACUAGUUCUCUGUAGUGGUAGGCUGGGCUGGUAGCAAUACGUCUCUACUCCACUAGUUCUCUGUAGUGGUAGGCUGGGCUGGUAGCAAUACGUCUCUACUCCACUAGUUCUCUGUAGUGGUAGGCUGGGCUGGUAGCAAUACGUCUCUACUCCACUAGUUCUCUGUAGUGGUAGGCUGGUAGCAAUACGACUCUACUCCACUAGUUCUCUGUAGUGGUAGGCUGGGCUGGUAGCAAUACGUCUCUACUCCACUAGUUCUCUGUAGUGGUAGGCUGGUAGCAAUACGUCUCUACUCCACUAGUUCUCUGUAGUGGUAGGCUGGGCUGGUAGCAAUACGUCUCUACUCCACUAGUUCUCUGUAGUGGUAGGCUGGGCUGGUAGCAAUACGUCUCUACUCCACUAGUUCUCUGUAGUGGUAGGCUGGGCUGGUAGCAAUACGUCUCUACUCCACUAGUUCUCUGUAGUGGUAGGCUGGGCUGGUAGCAAUACGUCUCUACUCCACUAGUUCUCUGUAGUGGUAGGCUGGUAGCAAUACGUCUCUACUCCACUAGUUCUCUGUAGUGGUAGGCUGGGCUGGUAGCAAUACGUCUCUACUCCACUAGUUCUCUGUAGUGGUAGGCUGGUAGCAAUACGUCUCUACUCCACUAGUUCUCUGUAGUGGUAGGCUGGUAGCAAUACGACUCUACUCCACUAGUUCUCUGUAGUGGUAGGCUGGGCUGGUAGCAAUACGUCUCUACUCCACUAGUUCUCUGUAGUGGUAGGCUGGGCUGGUAGCAAUACGUCUCUACUCCACUAGUUCUCUGUAGUGGUAGGCUGGGCUGGUAGCAAUACGACUCUACUCCACUAGUUCUCUGUAGUGGUAGACUGGUAGCAAUACGUCUCUACUCCACUAGUUCUAUGUAGUGGUAGGCUGGGCUGGUAGCAAUACGACUGCUACUCCACUAGUUCUCUGUAGUGGUAGGCUGGGCUGGUAGCAAUACGACCUCUACUCUCCACUAGUUCUCUGUAGUGGUAGGCUGGUAGCAAUACGACUCUACUCCACUAGUUCUCUGUAGUGGUAGGCUGGUAGCAACUACGACUCUACUCCACUAGUUUCUCUGUAGUGGUAGGCUGGUAGCAAUACGUCUCUACUCCACUAGUUCUCUGUAGUGGUAGGCUGGGCUGGUAGCAAUACGUCUCUACUCCACUAGUUCUCUGUAGUGGUAGGCUGGGCUGGUAGCAAUACGUCUCUACUCCACUAGUUCUCUGUAGUGGUAGGCUGGGCUGGUAGCAAUACGUCUCUACUCCCACUAGUUCUCUGUAGUGGUAGGCUGGGCUGGUAGCAAUACGUCUCUACUCCACUAGUUCUCUGUAGUGGUAGGCUGGUAGCAAUACGUCCUAUACUUCACUAGUUCUCUGUAGUGGUAGGCUGGGCUGGUAGCAAUACGUCUCUACUCCACUAGUUCUCUGUAGUGGUAGGCUGGGUAGCAAUACGACUCUACUCCACUAGUUCUCUGUAGUGGUAGGCUGGGCUGGUAGCAAUACGACUCUACUCCACUAGUUCUCUGUAGUGGUAGGCUGGCUGGUAGCAAUACGACUCUACUCCACUAGUUCUCUGUAGUGGUAGGCUGGUAGCAAUACGACUCUACUCCACUAGUUCUCUGUAGUGGUAGGCUGGUAGCAAUACGACUCUACUCCACUAGUUCUCUGUAGUGGUAGGCUGGUAGCAAUACGUCUCUACUCCACUAGUUCUCUGUAGUGGUAGGCUGGGCUGGUAGCAAUACGUCUCUACUCCACUAGUUCUCUGUAGUGGUAGGCUGGGCUGGUAGCAAUACGUCUCUACUCCACUAGUUCUCUGUAGUGGUAGGCUGGGCUGGUAGCAAUACGUCUCUACUCCACUAGUUCUCUGUAGUGGUAGGCUGGGCUGGUAGCAAUACGACUCUACUCCACUAGUUCUCUGUAGUGGUAGGCUGGUAGCAAUACGUCUCUACUCCACUAGUUCUCUGUAGUGGUAGGCUGGUAGCAAUACGUCUCUACUCCACUAGUUCUCUGUAGUGGUAGGCUGGGCUGGUAGCAAUACGACUCUACUCCACUAGUUCUCUGUAGUGGUAGGCUGGUAGCAAUACGUCUCUACUCCACUAGUUCUCUGUAGUGGUAGGCUGGGCUGGUAGCAAUACGACUCUACUCCACUAGUUCUCUGUAGUGGUAGGCUGGGCUGGUAGCAAUACGUCUCUACUCCACUAGUUCUCUGUAGUGGUAGGCUGGGCUGGUAGCAAUACGUCUCUACUCCACUAGUUCUCUGUAGUGGUAGGCUGGGCUGGUAGCAAUACGUCUCUACUCCACUAGUUCUCUGUAGUGGUAGGCUGGGCUGGUAGCAAUACGACUCUACUCCACUAGUUCUCUGUAGUGGUAGGCUGGGCUGGUAGCAAUACGACUCUACUCCACUAGUUCUCUGUAGUGGUAGGCUGGGCUGGUAGCAAUACGACUCUACUCCACUAGUUCUCUGUAGUGGUAGGCUGGUAGCAAUACGACUCUACUCCACUAGUUCUCUGUAGUGGUAGGCUGGUAGCAAUACGACUCUACUCCACUAGUUCUCUGUAGUGGUAGGCUGGGCUGGUAGCAAUACGUAUCUACUCCACUAGUUCUCUGUAGUGGUAGGCUGGGCUGGUAGCAAUACGUCUCUACUCCACUAGUUCUCUGUAGUGGUAGGCUGGGCUGGUAGCAAUACGACUCUACUCCACUAGUUCUCUGUAGUGGUAGGCUGGGCUGGUAGCAAUACGACUCUACUCCACUAGUUCUCUGUAGUGGUAGGCUGGGCUGGUAGCAAUACGACUCUACUCCACUAGUUCUCUGUAGUGGUAGGCUGGUAGCAAUACGACUCUACUCCACUAGUUCAAUCAAUCAAUCAAUCAAUUUUAUUUUAUAUAGCCCUUCUUACAUCAGCUAAUAUCUCGAAGUGCUGUACAGAAACCCAGCCUAAAACCCCAAACAGCUAGUAAUGCAGGUGUAGAAGCACGGUGGCUAGGAAAAACUCCCUAGAAAGGCAAAACCUAGGAAGAAACCUAGAGAGGAACCAGGCUAUGAGGGGUGGCCAGUCCUCUUCUGGCUGUGUUCUGGUAGCAAUACGUCUCUACUCCACUAGUUCUCUGUAGUGGUAGGCUGGUAGCAAUACGUCUCUACUCCACUAGUUCUCUUUAUUGGUAGGCUGGUAGCAAUACGUCUCUACUCCACUAGUUCUCUGUAGUGGUAGGCUGGGCUGGUAGCAGUACGUCUCUACUCCACUAGUUCUCUGUAGUGGUAGGCUGGGCUGGUAGCAAUACGACUCUACUCCACUAGUUCUCUGUAGUGGUAGGCUGGGCUGGUAGCAAUACGACUCUACUCCACUAGUUCUCUGUAGUGGUAGGCUGGUGGCAAUACGUCUCUACUCCACUAGUUCUCUGUAGUGGUAGGCUGGUAGCAAUACGUCUCUACUCCACUAGUUCUCUGUAGUGGUAGGCUGGUAGCAAUACGUCUCUACUCCACUAGUUCUCUGUAGUGGUAGGCUGGGCUGGUAGCAAUACGUCUCUACUCCAUUAGUUCUCUGUAGUGGUAGGCUGGGCUGGUAGCAAUACGACUCUACUCCACUAGUUCUCUGUAUCAGAGUAGCAUUGCUGAUAUGGCACGUGACUGGAGGUACUUGAGGUAUAGUCAAAGUGAAAAGCACAGUCACUUUCAUUUCAACGUUUUUUUUUGUUGAUUGACUGGCUGGCUGCAGAGUCAAGGUUUUAGUCACUGACUUUCACUACUGUCGUGUCUAGUAGAGAACACCUAUUUCCGUUUGUAGAAGCUACAAAUACAUUUAGUCUUAGCGGUUAGUGUUGCUGAAGAGAGUAUUAUCAAUGGGAAACCAUGCAUUUCAGCUGAGGACCCUUUCUUCAUAAGGUCUAUGGUGUCAUGUCAAAAUCAAUGCAUUUGGAGCUGCUAGAAGACAUCCGUGCAACUCUAACUCUCGAGAAAAUAUGUCUGUAAUUUAAUAGAAUGCUGGUCGGAUAUAGUUUUUUCAGUGGUUUUUAAAGACUAUCAUUCAUCUACAACAAUUCUUGCUCUGAGGUCCUCAUGUAUGUAUAUACAUGUUCCGUUACAGAGUGGGCCUGCAUAUUAUCAGGCCCAGAUGAUCAAGGUACAAGCUCUGCAUGCUCGUGGGUAACGAUGGCCUUUUAGUCCCAGAGGUGUGGGAAACAAAACAGGUUAGACAGAAAUGUUCCACUUGUUGGUUCCUCUAAAAAGGUCAAGACAGGGGCCAGGUUAAGAGGAGGGAAGAUAAGACUGUUAUGCCAUGUGGUCUUACUUUCAGAGACAGGCCUGGGUAAACCCCAGUGCUCACGUCACUUAGGCUAACAACCCACUGACACGGGUCCUUUACCAGAAAUUACAGCCGUUCUCCCCACUCCUGCCCACGGCUUUCUACUAUACCUCAUUUACACAGAAGAGAGAGAGAGAGAGUCUUCUGAACGACUAUUACUCAGGAAACAGGAAACGUGUCACAGUGAGCGAAAAUUCAACUUCCUGUUUAUCAAGCGAGUUGAAGAAACCAUACAACCACAGAAUACGCUGAGCCCUCUCAUGCUCUGGUGAGGCCUGGGCUGAGCCAACACGGGAGUGGCAGGUAGCCUGGCGGGUAGGAGCAUUGGGCCAGUAACCGAAAAGGUUGCUGGAUCGAAUCCCAGAGCUGACAAGCUAAAAAAUCUGUUGAAUCUGCCCCUGAGCAAGGCAGUUAACCCACUGUUCCCAGGGCGCUGAUGACGUGGAUGUCGAUUUAGGGCAUCCCCCCCCCCCACCCCCCCCCCCUCCCCCCCGCACCUCUCUGAUUCAGAGGGGUUGGGUUAAAUGCGGAAGACACAUUUCAGUUGAAUGCAUUCAGUUGUACAACUGACUAGAUAUCCCCCUUUCCUUCCCCCCCUCCCCUCACAUGCUCUGGUGAGGCCUGGGCUGAUGGAUAAGUCUCACAGAACUAGACCAGGUGGGAUGGUUUGCAUAGAAUGGAAUCACAUGAUCUGGAUCUACCAACCGCAUCCUGGGUUUUCACUAAAAUGAUUGGAAGAUAAUUUGUUGACAAAUGAAUGAAAGUGGCUUUGUUUUUUAUCCGCAGCGACAGACUGAUGAUGCCUCGGUUGUAAAAAAAAUAAGCGGUCGAUGUCCGCGCCCCCCGCUGAAAUCGAAUUAACAUAAUACACAAAUCCCCAACAAAAUCCGUCAGUUUGAGCUGGAGAUACAUUAGCUUGACUUUUUUACAGAUCCUCAGUUGAAAAAAUGAAUGGAAUUAUAUAUGCAGAUUGUUCACUGUAAAAAAAAUAAGGGGUUAAAUACAUCAAAAAUAAAAUUACAAAUGAGGCCAAAUACCAUGGGACCACGCAGCCGUCAUACCGCUCAGGAAGGAGACGCGUUCUGUCUCCUAGAGAUGAACGUACUUUGGUGCGAAAAGUACAAAUCAAUCCCAGAACAACAGCAAAGGACCUUGUGAAGAUGCUUGAGGAAACAGGUACAAAAGUAUCUAUAUCCACAGUAAAACAAGUCCUAUAUCGACAUAACCUGAAAGGCCGAUCAGCAAGGAAGAAGCCACUGCUCCAAAACCGCCAUAAAAAAGCCAGACUACGGUUUGCAACUGCACAUGGAGACAAAGACCGUACUUUUUGGAGAAAUGUCCUCUGGUCUGAUGAAACAAAAAUAGAACUGUUUGACCAUAAUGACCAUCGUUAUGUUUGGAGGAAAAAGGGGGACGCUUGCAAGCCAAAGAACACCAUCCCAACCGUGAAGCACGGGGGUGGCAGCAUCAUGCUGUGGGGGUGCUUUGCUGCAGGAGGGACUGGUGCACUUCACAAAAUAGAUGGCAUCAUGAGGAAGGAAAAUUAUGUGGAUAUAUUGAAGCAACAUCUCAAGACAUCAGUCAGGAAGUUAAAGCUUGGUCGCAAAUGGGUCUUCCAAAUGGACAAUGACCCCAAGCAAACUUCCAAAGUUGUGGCAAAAUGGCUUAAGGACAACAAAGUCAAGGUAUUGGAGUGGCCAUCACAAAGCCCUGACCUCAAUCCUAUAGAAAAUGUGUGGGCAUAACUGAAAAAGCAUGUGCGAGCAAGGAGGCCUACAAACCUGACUCAGUUACACCAGCUCUGUCAGGAGGAAUGGGCCAAAAUUCACCCAAUUUAUUGUGGGAAGCUUGUGGAUGGCUACCCGAAACAUUUGACCCAAGUUAAACAAUUUAAAGGCAAUGCUACCAAAUACUAAUUGAGUGUAUGUAAACUUCUGACAAACGGGGAAUGUGAUUAAAUAAAUAAAAGCUGAAAUAAAUCAUUCUCUCUACUAUUAUUCUGACAUUUCACAUUCUUAAAAUAAAGUGGUGAUCCUAACUGACCUAAGACAGGGAAGGAAUUUUUACUAGGAUUAAAUGUCAGAAAUUGUGAAAAACUGAGUUUAAAUGUAUUUAUUUGGCUAAGGUCUAUGUAAACUUCAGACUUUAACUGUACAUUUGAUUGAUUGAUUAGUUUCUGUGGUUUCAGGAGAGUGAGAACCUGGAGAAGGAGAACACAGCUCUGAGGAAGGAGGUGAAGAGACUAACAGAAGAGGCCAAGUAUCUCUCCUCCGUCCUGACUACCCAUGAGCCUCUCUGCACCGGCCUGGCCCCUCAGACGACCCAUGACCUCCUGUACCCCCCCCAUCACCACGGGAGCAGUGCCUUCCACCACCAGCACAGCAUCGCUGUGUCGCACUACCAGCACUGAUCACCACAGACCAACAGGGGGUGCUAAAGAGAAGCUAGAGAAGUUUACUGACCUUGGUACACCAUGGAACCCUAUUUCCUACAUAGUGCACUACUUUCUACCAGAGUCCUAUGGGUCAAAAGUCGUGUACUAUAUAGAGCCACUUGAACAGAAUGUCUAGAGGUUCGAGUAAAGACUGGUGUUUGAAACAGCACAGAACAGGCAGCACUUAGGAAUGGUUUCUUGGUGUAA